CCGUUGGGCCGUGCAAUUCCACACAAUACGGUGCGAGGCCACAGCCACAGCGGAGGCCCGUCCAGCGCGGGAAGGCUGGCACCCCGACAGUCCCGCCGGCCGGCCUUUGGUGCGAGUCCUGCCAGGGCGGUGUCAAGGGAGCGGACUGCUCUGGGGAGCAGGCGGAGGUCGCCGGCCCCGCUGGUGCUCGGACUCAGGGAUUUACGGCCGGCCCUGCCCAGGUCUCGCGAGAGCGCGGCGGCACUUCUCGCGAUACGCGGGCGCGGGCGCAGAGGAGGGAGAUCUGAGCGGCGGCCGCGGCGAGCGGCGGGCUAGCUGAGAAGCCAAGUGGCCAUGGACGACCUGGGGGAGAACACCACGGUGCUGUCCACCCUGAGGUCGUUGAACAACUUCAUUUCUCAGCGGGUGGAGGCAGGAUCUGGACUGGACGCUCCCACCUCCGCCCAGGGCUCUCUGCAGAUGCAGUACCAGGAGAGCAUGCAGCUGGAGGAACGAGCCGAGCGGAUCCGCUCCAAGUCCCAGGUCGUCCAGGUGGAGCGGGAGAAGACGCAGAUGGAGCUGAGCCACAAGAGAGCGCGAGUGGAGCUGGAGCGGGCGGCCAGCACCAGCGCCAGGCGCUACGAGCGCGAGGUGGACCGCAACCAGGAGCUCCUGACGCGCAUCCGGCAGCUGCAGGAGCGUGAGGCCGAGGCGGAGGAGAGGAUGAAGGAGCAGCUGGAGCGCCACAGGCGGUGCCGGCAGAGCCUGGACGCCGCCGGCCAGAAGCUUCGGGAGAAGGAGGACGGCCUGGCCGCGGCCGGCGAGACCAUCAGCGCGCUGAAGGGGAAGGUCUCGGAGCUGCAGUGGAGCGUGAUGAACCAGGAGAUGCAGGUGAAGAGCCUGGAGUCUGAGAAGCAGGAGCUCCAGGAGCAGCUGGCCUUGCAGCGCAAGAAAUGUCAGGAGGCUAACGAGAAGGUCCAGGAGCUCCAGGCCCGCCAGGAAGUGAGGGCUGACCAAGAGCAGAGGAUCAGGGAUUUGGAGCAGAAGCUGUCCCUGCAGGAGCAGGAUGCUGCGGUCGUGAAGAACAUGAAGUCGGAGUUGGUGCGGCUGCCCAAGAUGGAGCGGGAGCUGAAGCAGCUGCGGGAGGAGAGCGCCUACCUGCGGGAGAUGCGAGAGACCAACGGGCUGCUCAGGGAGGAGCUGGAGGGCCUGCGGCGGCGGCUGGGGCGCCAGGAGAAGAUGCAGGAAAGCCUGGCGGUCCUGGAGCUGGAGAAGGAGAAGCUGCUGGCAAAGCUGCAGAGCUGGGAGCGUCUGGAACAGACCACGGGCUUGAACAUCAGGACCCCGGAAGACCUUUCCAGGUUCAUCGUUGACCUGCAGCAGCGAGAACUUGCCUUGCAGGACCGGAACAAUGUCAUCACCAGCAGCGCCCGUGGGCUGGAGAAGGUCCGGCAGCAGCUCCAGGAGGAGGUCCGCCAGGCCAGCAGCCAGCUGCUGGAGGAGAGGAAGAGGCGGGAGACACAGGAGGCCCUGGCCCGGAGACUCCAGAAGCGGGUCCUGCUGCUGACGAAGGAGCGAGACGGCAUGCGUGCCAUCCUGGGGUCCUACGACAGCGAGCUGACCCCGGCCGAGUACUCGCCCCAGCUGACCCGUCGGAUGCGUGAGGCCGAGGAUAUGGUCCAGAAGGUGCACGCGCACAGCUCGGAGAUGGAGGCUCAGCUGUCCCAGGCCCUGGAGGAGCUGGGAGGCCAGAAGCAGAGAGCAGACAUGCUGGAGGUGGAGGUGAAAAUGCUGCAGUGCCAGACCAGCGCCUCCGAGCGGGGCUUCCCCGUUUCCAGGGAGGAGGUGAGCUCGCUCAGGUUGAAGAUCGAGGAGCUGGAAGGGGAACGCAGCCGCCUGGAGGAAGAGAAGAAGACGCUGGAGGCGCAGCUCGAGCGGCUGACCCUGCAGGGCGGCUACGACCAGAGCAAAACCAAGGUGCUGCACAUGAGCAUGAACCCGGCCAGCGCGGCGAAGCAGAGGCUCCGCGAGGACCAGGCCCGGCUGCAGGAGGAGUGUGAGCGGCUGCGGGAGCUCGUGCGCGCCCUGGAGCGGGGCGGCCCCGUCCCCGCCGACCUGGAGGCCGCCGCGGGUCUGCCCUCGUCCAAGGAGGUGGCAGAGCUGAAGAAGCAGGUGGAGAGUGCCGAGCUGAGAAACCAGCGGCUGAAGGAGGUCUUUCACACAAAGAUCCAGGAGUUCCGGAAGGUCUGCUACGCGCUCACGGGCUACCAGAUAGACGUCACCACGGAGAGCCAGUACCGGCUGACGUCCAUGUAUGCUGAGCACAAGGCCGACUGCCUCAUCUUCAAGGCCACAGGACCCUCGGGCGCCAAAAUGCAGCUUCUGGAGACGGCCUUCUCACGCACGGUGCCGGAGCUCAUCGAGCUGCACCUCCUGCGCCAAGACAGCAUCCCCGCCUUCCUCAGCGCCCUCACGCUCGACCUCUUCAGCCGCCAGACGGUGGCCUAGCCUGCGGCUCACGCGCAAGAGGGCAGCCGGCAGGUCCGGCCCCCUGGGGCCGCCCGGCCGGGCCCACCCCGCCUCCCGCCACACGGCCCCACAGACCCGGGCGGCCCGCACCUGUAGCCGGCAGGGGAGAGGCCGCACCCGCCUCCUCGCCCAGGACGUUCGGUGCCGCCGCUCUGGGGGGUGACCCGGGGGGCCCGCUUCCGGCCCCCUCCCCAGUGUGUACCCCCGCCCGCACACCGCUCAAACCCGGCAGAGUCCCUGCUCCGUAUGAAAUAAAGUUUGCUCCUCGGCCA